GAAAAUUAAAGAAAAAUACACACAAAAAAAAGAAUUGAAAAAAAGAACACUUCACAGUUCACAGAACUACGCAAGGUUUAGACUCGAGCGCUGAGAGACACACAUAGAGAGAGAUACGCAUCGUCGGUUAUUGCAGCGUCGUGAGGUACCGGCGGCGAACAAUUUCCGAUUACUGCAUUCAUUCACUCGAUAAGAUUUGAUGGCGUCAAAGUUGCAGCAAUUGACGUCCAAGGCAUGUCAGGCAUCACAAUUUAUAGCGAAGCAUGGAACUUCUUACCACAAGCAGCUGUUGGAGCAGAACAAGCAAUACAUUCAGGAUCCUCCUACAAUAGAGAAAUGCAAUCUUCUGGCCAAGCAAUUAUUUUACACUCGCCUUGCUAGUAUUCCAGGUCGUUAUGAGUCCUUUCAUAAGGAACUUGAUUAUGCCAAGCAAUUCUGGAAGAACAGGAAAGACUUAAAGGUUGAAGAUGCAGGUAUUGCUGUUUUGUUUGGCCUGGAAUGCUUUGCAUGGUUUUGUGCUGGCGAGAUUGUUGGAAGAGGAUUUACUUUCACAGGUUACUAUGUCUAACAGUAAUCAUUUUACAAUGUAAUGAUUUAGCGGGGCUCUAUACUCUCCUAAAUCCAGGAGUAAUGUCAUUUAUAGCAUUAUGUUGAUGUUAAUUUUGGGCAUUCUACAAGCAAUUUGUCAUUCUUUUUCUGAGGGAAAAAAGGUUGCAAAACUAGUGGUUAAUAAGCCUCGGUAACCUCUUGUAUUUGAAGCGGAUGAACUAUGUGUUGUUCUCUUAUCAUGUUAGAAAGCUAGCAGCGGCAACCGACCAUAAUCAUUUUCCAUGUUUUUAGACUGAGAAUAAAUUGUUCAAUUUCUGUA